AUGUCUCCGCGACACGCCCGGGCUGCAGUUGGGCAAUUGCAUCUAUACCGACCGUCUGCUACUCCUAGGAAGCAGAAAAUAUGUCUAAUAUGCUCUGCCUCCAGGACAUUGCCACGCCCAGCGAGACGGCCUCGGGUACAACACGCGAGUGCUCGCAUUCAAGCUCGGCAGCAGUCCAGCGCCACAUCAAUUAAUCAGUCCUCGAGUACCUCGUCUAAAUCUCUUCGACUGGAGCUCCAGGAAGCCCUCCGUGACCUCGAGAAACACGCCGCGCCCUACGUCAAUGUAUCAAAGCUACGGCUCGCCCUUCGAGGGCUAGAGCAAAGCGCAGGACAAGAGACAAUCCGGAUCGCGAUACUGGGCAUCGCAGAUGGAGGCACAUCGCUACAGAAAGCGAAGGAGCUUCUACGGCUACUUGUCGCAGAUCCAUUAAAGACGGAAGAAGAAUGGGAGCGGAUCCUUCUCAGUGACCACGGCGGCCGGCCGAUAUUCAUGAAAGUCGGACAGGAUGGCGCAGACGCAAGCUUCCAGGGCAAUAGAUUGGUACAGGAGAUACAUGUCUCGUCGCCGACACUCAAUGGGCACAAGCUGGAGAUCCUGGUGAUGGAGAUGGACCCACCUACCAGAGGCAGCGGAGAGGCAGGCUUUGCGGAGGCUGUGUUGGUUCCUACCAUGGAGAUUCCAACUUCGGGUACGGGGAGAUACACGCCGGUGACUACGCCUGUGCACAAGUCGUUGGUUGUGUCGGAGGGGAUUGUGGGCGUGGCUUCGGUGCUGAACUAUCCUGUUGAUAUUGAUCGAGAGAUCAUUGCCAGUACGGUGGAUCUGCCCGUUUCAAAUCAUGCCUCACUCCCAUUUCAGGUGGUGGAUAUCUCGUUGGGUUCCGAGGCUCUGCGGUCAUUUAGGCAAAGCGUCGAAAAUGCGCUUCUGUACGAGAAGAAUUGGUUCGCAAGCGGUAUCCCCGAAAUCCUGGAGUGGGUUAAAUCGGGGACUGCUUCCCCCAACGGAGAAACGAAGGCCCCGUUACGAAAACUGGUGGAAUCUGUUUUGAAGGGUGCAUCUUUGGCGGUCGAGGCAGAGGAGGCCCGCCAAUUGGGUACCUCACUGUCCAAGCAUGUACCAUCACCACGUCUGGCGGCUCUACGAAAAGACCUCUCCAGGUGGGCGGAGAACGCACACACAGAGCUAAGAGACGACCUCGAUAUUGCAUUCCAUGGCCAGCGGUGGCGUAAGCUCGGGUGGUGGAAGUUAUUCUGGCGGGUCGACGACGUCUCCAUGAUAUCAACCGAUAUCCUGAAUCAGCGUUUCCUCACCAACGCCGAGAAGGAAAUCAUCUUUGUCGCUGGGUGCAUUGCACAAGCGGGCAUCUUCAGGCACACGGAGGCGAGCCCCAAGAACUGGGCAUACAAAGCUGUCGAGGAGGUUGCUGUCGAGCCAACACUAGGCUCUGCAUCUCCACCCCCCAAGAUGCGAGAUCUUGUCCGGCCAGCAAAGGAUACGAUGCCGAGCAAGAUUCGAGACCGACCCUGGCCUCUCCAGAUCCCAGUAGCCCGGGCCUAUCUUGCACAAGAGACAGUUCCUGCUCUGCAAGCACUAGCCCAGAAAUUGGUCUUCCAAACUCUCACCACGUCAUCUCUCUUCUCAGCGUUCGCUGGAUUGAUGUACAUCUCUUCCAUCACGACUACACUCUACGAAGCUGGCGGUGUCGCAGCGGUUGGCAUCGUUUGGGGCCUGAGGAGGAUGCAGGGGAAGUGGGAGACGGCAAGGAAGUUCUGGGAGGGCGAAGUCAGGGAGGAGGGGAGGAAGAGUGUCAGGGCUGUAGAGGGGAUUGUGGGUGGAGUCUUGAAGGAACAGAAGCCGGAGGUGGUAGAAGACGCCCAGAUCCUGAAGGCCAAAAUGGCGAUUGAGAGAGCGGAGGGUGCAUUUACGGCUAGUAAAUAG